AACAGGAAUAUGCAUGCGCAUUUCGCACGGACCGAUUUCAUUGACGGACAGCAGUAACCGUGACGUAAUUGUGUGGAGGUCAAAUCAAACAGAUAGGCAACAUGGUGAAGAAAAAGCGUCUGAGGCUUAUAGCCGAGAUGGCACGGAAGAUCCGAGCCUACCGAGAGCUGAAGAAUCGGCCCCGGGACUCUCAGCGUUAUGCCUUAGACUACGACACCAUGACACGGCCCUUCACUGGCAAGAAGCUGCCAGUGUUGGCUUGGAAAGAUGUGCAGAGAGAAACCCGGCUCUUUACGUUACUAGCUGGCAUGCGCAUGUUUGGUGUGGGUCGGCUCUUCACACGCAAAUCAUGGCUGGACGAGCAUACAGAGCCUUGCUACUGGAAAAUAACAAAAGUCAAGGUGGAUUAUACAGCAGAGAACAUGGAUCAUGGGAAAGCAUGGGGCAUUUUAACAUUUAGAGGUAAAGAGGAGCCCACAGAGCGUGAAUUGGAAAAGGUAAUGUAUCAUGACUGGCGACUGGUUCCCAAACAUGAAGAAGAGGUUUUCAAAAGCUGUGAACCCGUUCCUGAGGCCCCUGUCCGUUAUGUGAAAUACCCGCCUCUGCUGCGUGCCAUGAUCCUGGCCCAGCAAGCCAAAGAGCUGGGUGUGGAUGCCAGCACUAUCCCAGAGCCCUCACUGCCACUGAAACGGGAUAUCAUGCUCAGUUAUGACUACUUCAAGAGUCAGGAUGAGAAGAAACGGGAGGGUACACCUGUCUGAUACUCAGGUCAUGCUGUGGAGAUCUGAGUUCUGUUGCAGUGGUCUUGUUCCUAAUUUUAUAGGCACUGCAUGAGGUAAAGGCUGCUUUGUGUUUAAUGCUAUGCUAUAUGAGAACAAAAUAUAGCCAUGCUUUUUUUUUAUCCAUCUUCCUUGGAUUAUGCGGCUAAUUACUGAGAGGGAAAAAAGGAGAUUUCUUCAGUACAUUUGGACAGGUGACCAAACCCAAAAGUAUAAUCCUCUGUGAAAAGACUUUGUUUUUAUUGUCUGUGUUAAUAUAUGCGUAAUAUUCUUUACAAUAUGUGAGCUAAAUAUGAUUAAUUUGGGUGCAUUAUAACAGAUGUAGAAUAAAAAUGACUAAACUUAA